CUCCUCCUAGCGUCGAACUCUAGCUAUCCAUCGUAUACUGUAUCUCAAAAAAGUACUGAUUGUACAUUUUUGUACAUGCAUUCGCGGGGAUGCGCCUGGCGAUAGCGGACUACUAUUUGUUCUACACCAGGGGAAGUGACCAUAUUGAACCCUAACGCUUGCUUCACUUAUCAGUCACUCACAAGUACCAAUAGGCUCCCUUGAGCGAUAGGCUGCUGCGGGGAUCACUCACUUGUGGGCUGCCGUGAUUCUCACAGACACGGAUUUUCAGCAAUAGGACCAUGGCAGCGGAGCUCUCCACAUCCAUAAACAUCAAGGAACCUCGCUGGGACCAGAGCACUUUCACAGGGAGGGCGAAACACUUCUUCACCGUCACAGACCCACGCAACAUCCUCCUGUCCAAUGACCAGCUGGAGAGGGCUCGUGAGAUCAUCUCCAACUACAAGCAGGGCAUUGUCACGCCGGGUCUCACAGAGGACGAACUAUGGAGGGCCAAGUACAUCUUCGACUCCGCCUUUCACCCGGACACGGGAGAGAAGAUGAUCCUGAUUGGCCGCAUGUCUGCUCAGGUCCCGAUGAACAUGACCAUCACAGGAUGCAUGAUGACCUUCUACAAAACGACCCCUGCUGUGGUGCUCUGGCAGUGGAUUAACCAGUCCUUUAACGCAAUAGUAAACUACACCAACCGCAGCGGCGAUGCCCCCAUCACAGUCAAUCAACUUGGGACGGCAUAUGUGUCUGCAACCACUGGAGCAGUUGUCACCGCCUUAGGACUUAAUGCUCUGUCAAAGCAUGUUAACCCGCUGCUGGGCCGAUUCGUGCCCUUCGCUGCCGUGGCCGCUGCCAACUGUAUCAACAUCCCCCUCAUGAGGCAACGGGAGCUGAAACACGGCAUCCCAGUCACAGAUGAGAACGACAACAGGCUAGGAGAGUCCACGAAAGCAGCCCAGCAGGCCAUCACGCAAGUUGUCAUCUCUAGGAUCCUUAUGGCCUCUCCAGGAAUGGCUAUUCCACCCUUCCUCAUGAACACAUUGGAGAAGAAGGCAUUCUUAAAGAAGUUCCCAUGGAUGAGUGCUCCCAUUCAAGUGGGCCUGGUGGGAUUUUGCCUGGUGUUUGCCACUCCACUGUGCUGCGCAUUGUUCCCUCAGAAGAGCUCCAUGUCCGUGAGCCGCCUAGAGCCAGAACUCCAGGAGAAGAUUCGAGCCAGCCACCCCGGGGUGGAGCGGGUCUACUUCAACAAAGGGCUAUGAAGAGGACGAGGGGAAGUCCUCUCUCUCUCUCCCUCUCUCUCUCUCCUCUUCUCUCCUCUUCUCUUCUUAAUCCUCUUUCUCUCCCUCCUUCCUCCUCGUACUCUUACUCUCUCUCCCUCUCCCUCUCUCCCCAUCAACAUCAUCACUGCACUGCCACAACAGUCCAGCUCCAUGCCAGUCAUCUCAUCUCUGCUACUUGCCAAAGUUACGUUUGCCUUUUUUAUUUUGCCUUUUCUUUUCCCUUUUCAUGCCAUUUUCUCCUGUUUUACCUUUGUUUUUGGUUAGUCAACAUUCCAUGUGCAGUUACCAUGGCAACGUUUUCCUCAAGCCUCCCCCACUCACCCCUGUCAAAGCAAAACAAGUUUUCAACCAUCCUGUACUAAUACAGCCAGAAUAUUUUUGUAAGCUGUUUUUGACUGGUGCUUGAUUUUCGUUUUUUAUUUUGGAAAAAAAAAAGAGAAGAACGGUACAUUUUCAAGGGAUGGGUUACCCCCCAAAAACAGGUUUUAGCCGUGUUACCUAGGUGUGGUAAAUGUUCUAAUAAUCAGACACUAUGGUUUUGGUUUUACCCAAAACAAAGAAUCCACCAGACACUUCUAUUAGGAGCUGUGGUACACCAUAUGUGGUAAACUAGCUGCGUAUCGUCACCAGACUUGGAGGAUAUUUCAUGCAGCUAGUUCAGGACCAAGUUAACCUGGAUACAAUGGUAAAUCAGCUAAUAAGAGAGCCAGGAUAUUAUGAAAUUGCAUUUAUGCCUCACCCAUGCAAGGUGGCAGCCCUCAAUGGCGCCCCAAGGGAGCAGUGAGGUGGGACAGUGCCAUGUUCAGGGUACCUCAGUCAUGGAGGCGGAUGGGGGAGAGUACUGGUUAAUUACUCCCCCCAUCAACCUGGCGGGUCGGGAGUCAAAGCAGCAACCUUUGGGCUAUCAGUCUGAUGCCCUAACUGCUUACAUAACUAUGGCCUCAGGCUGUAUAUUAGCAGGUUUACUACUUAACUUAGGUUUAUCACUUAACCAUGUUCUUGCAAUCCUGCCCUAGCUGGGUGUGUUUGUCACCAAACCAGGGGUGAAUUUCUCAAAACCAAAGUUGCUUACUACAUUAGCUACUUUGCUGUUUUCAAUGCAUUUUCCCAUUGACAACUACCGAAGUUGCUAACAGGCUAACAACUUCUCUUUUGAGAAACUCAGCGCAGUUGCUUGGGAUCCCACCCCUGUUUUUGUUUUGUUUUGAGGGGGUCGACUGCGUAGGGGUGGGGGUGCUGAUGUAAAUUUUCAUGUUCAUUUUCGGGGAAAUCACUUGAUAAUCAUGUUCGCUGCCAAAAUAUUUCCAUGUGCCAUACAGUAUCAUGUAAGAUGAAGAACAAAUUGUCAGAUAUAAUAUUCAGAUGUUUCUCUUUUUUUUCCACUCGUUUUCUUUCUUGUUGUGUAUUUCUUGUAAAACGAAUCAGUAUUCCAAUCAUUUAAAGAAAGGCUGCUCCUAUUUUUUUUUUUAAAUAUCAACCAAAUCAUUAAUCACCUCAAAAUGAAAUGUAUCGGUACCUCUGUGCAAUAUCACUAAUCUGUGAGGGUUGUACCAUUUAAUAUAUUGAUUGCAUUUUAAAGUGUAAGAUCACUUCAAAAUAAAGCUGCAAGUCUUACACGAUCUCUCAAUCAAAACCCAAUGGAUGGACCCUCGAUCUACUCUUGAUCUUAUUAUGAAGGCAAUAUCGCUCUAAAUAUUACUGGUGCUUUGCGAACGCAAAAUCUUAGACAUUAAGAUACAUGUUUUGUGACCGUAUUCCAAAAAAAGAAAGGAAAGUAAAACAUUAUCUGUAGUGUAUGCAUACCCGCUGUAUUCUGCUUGCCAAACAUGCAUGAACAAAGAAAUAUGUGUAUUCAUUUGAAGGCGAAAACAUCACACACAGUCUUAUCUCAAAGUCUUUUGUGGUCCAGACCAAAAUUCCAAGGCCAAACCAUGUGGCCAUGUUGAAACAACACCAGGGCUGGACUGGCCAUCUGGCAUAGCCUGCAUUUCUCGGUGGGCCCUGCACCCUCGUGAACACCAAACAAACAAACAAACAAGAACCAGAACUGACUCACUGGUGGGCCACGCAUGCUCGUGGGCCCCUAUUUUCAGAUAUGUUAAAAAUAUA